AUGAAUAGAAAAUUAGUUCAACAAAAUAAAUUACAUCAAGAUCCUGAUAUUAAUCUAAUAUCAUAUACAAAUCAACACGUUAAAAUGAUUCCAGCACGUCCAAAAAAUCUGAAUCCACAACAAGAAGAUAUAUCACGUGAAAGAAUAAAAGAUCAAAAAGAUUAUUUAUCAAAUGAUACUGAUACUUGUCAUCGUUAUAAUCGUAAUUAUCAACCACCAGUAUUUGUUCAAAAUGAAAUAUCAUCUGAUUCAAUUUAUUCAAAAGAAAAAAAAUUAAAUAUAAUAAAAAGUUGUUCAGGUGAACCAACAGAAUUUUAUAAUGAUUUCAAUUUAGAACAAGUUGAUCGUCAUGGUACAACACUUGAACUAUCAAGGUCUUCAACAUGA